GCCCGCUCGCUUCAUGCCAGGCCUCUUGUGUGGACGCUGCCGCCUUCUUACUUGACCCUGUCCAAGUCUACGGCUAUGAUAUAAGACGGUGGAAAAGAGACAUACAAGCAUCCUCUUUUGAAAUUCAUUGGCACCGCAUUCGCUACAGCCGCCUGCAGAAAGCCCGACUUACACGCACAUCUCUACCGUAUCCAUGCGUCACAACACGGCGACGGCGCUCGUCCUCGCCCUCGGGGCCGUCAUUUCCACCGCCACCGCCGCCAACGAUAACCAGCCAGUCCCCAAAUCAGGCCUCCAGCAAUCAUGGGCCUCGCCCGCCAAAGAAACCGUCACCUCGGGCAGCGAGAUUGAACAGCAGGUUGCCUUGGGAUGGUCUCCGAAGCCGACGCAGCCACCCAAGCCCUUGUUCGGCAGGAUGGUGGUGCCGCGAGCGGAUGGUUUUACCCUGGGGCCGGAGACGUGUGGAUUUGUGCCUGGCAGCGAUGGCAACUCUAUUACCUGCAUCUCUUCUGGAUACACUUGCACGCCUGAAGGAGGCUUCGUCGGGUGCUGUCAGCCAAACAGCGCCUGCAGUCUGAUUAAGACGACGUGUAUCGACUACCAGGCCUCAAAAACCGGUGCCUGCAACCUCCCGUCCGAUUUCCACACUCUCUGCUGCGGCACUGCAACGGAGCCGGCUUGUUACACUUGGGUCAUUUCCACGUCCGCCUCGUCCGACAAGUCCGUUGAGCUGUACACCGCUUUCGGAUGCUCCUCCACGGCUGGCAAGGGCACGCUCCUGACUGUCGACCCAGGCUGGUUGGCAACGCACAGCUUCGGCCCCACGACCACGGUAGCUACAACCGCAUCGACCGAGUCCUCGAGUCCUUCAGCCGCUCCUGAUUCCAACGGCGGCAAAAGCAGCACCCCCGUGGGCGCCAUUGCGGGAGGCACAGUCGGAGGUGUUGCGGCGCUUGGCCUCGUUGGCCUGGUCGCUUUUCUUCUCUACCGCCACCGCAAUCCUCGAAAUAACGCCCCUGCUGCCGGUCAGCCUCCACAAGGACAGAACAAUGCUGCCGGCGGAGCUGUCUAUCCCUCGGGUGUACCGGCUGGCUAUGCACCGGUGCCAAUGCAGCAGCAAGGCUACUACCCGCAGCAGUUUCAGGGACAGUAUCCUCCUCAGCAGCAGCAGUAUAAUUACAAUUACCCGGCGCAGACGGCGAGCACAUCUCCGGUGCAUACGACUCCUUCUCCGGGUGUUUUCAAGGAGGGCGAGGCGGUUGCAACCGAGCUGCCCACGACGAGUCCCCUUGGGGCAGAGACGAACAGGGCAGAGCUGGGUGGUGGUCAUUAGAUGAAUGGUAUAUGAUUCAUGGGAUGUGCAUGAUAAAGGAGCGGCUGAUUUCGUUUUCUCUUGUUUAUGGAUAGAAACUGCAAGCCAAAGACAAUCUCUUUCAAAGUUUUUGAUUGAACAUUGCGAUGGAAAUAUUUGUUGGAUCAGAGUAUAAUGAAGCGCCUUUAGUGAAUAUGGAUAUAUUUGUGUGUUUAUCAAAUCAUUUUCAAGUACAACCGUCAUGUAUACCCUUUUAAAUGGGGUACUUGGGAGGAAAAAGGGAUUGCAAGUCAACAAACCAGCUCUGGCCUACUCCUUUGUGACCUUGUCCCACCACUGGGGCCAGUUUACCACAAUGUUCUUCUCGCGAGCCUCUUCCGCAGCAAACACCAUUGCGUGACUGCGAAUCACCUCCUCGAGCGUGCACCCCACAAACUCAUUCUGCGCCUUUUCAGCCUCCCACCCGUGAUUCUUCACCCGGUCACACGCCAAGACGAACUGUCUCGUGAGGCCCAAGUCGCCGCCGCCGUGGCCCUUGUGCUCCGCGUGCGGCGUGUAGACCUUUGUCUCCUUGGUGUCAAAGUCUUGCACGAUGAUCUUUUCGGAAUCGGUGUAGAUUUCGCCGUGCUCGCCGUAAAAGUAGGAGAAGCGGUCGCAUUGCUUCUUGGUCUGGGCCACCAUCUGGAUGGUGACGCGCUUGGCGGGCUUGAUGGACUCGGGCCAUGUAAUGGUGACAAACUGGUCGUCGCACACGUUGUUGUCGGACUCAAAGACGCAGCGGCCGAACCAGUUGCGCGAGCUGACCACUUCUUCCGGGGUUGACUCGUCAUAGUCUUCUUCGAGGACCUUGAUGACGGCCUGUUUGCGCUCGUCGAGCGUUUUAAAGUCUUCAAUGUCGUGCACGACGGUGGUCAUUGGCCAAUCUGUGUUGCCGGUGCCAACUCCCUCGCAGUUGGCACUGAGAUAUACAUUCUUGGCAGAAUAUUUGCAGCCAGAAUCGCCGAGGGGGCAAGUCAUGCAGUUUGUAGCAGAUCCCGCGGCGGCGGGCUUGCGGCUCUUUUUGAAAAACUGCAACCCGCCAGUCGACGAUACAUAGUUGGGGAGAUGAGGCUCGCCCUCUCCGGCCUUUUCCGGGGAGCAGAGCAGCCACAGGAUCAGAUCGAUAUCGUGGCAGCACUUGGCCAGCAGCGACGGCGCCGAAGUCUUUGAGUUUCUCCAGUUUCCUCGCACGUACGAGUGCGUAAAGUGCCACCAGCCAACGGGCUCUGUGUGGACGACGCUGUUGAUGUCGCCGAUGAUUUGGUCUUCCACCAGCAGCUUCCGCAGCAUCAUGUUGUGCGGGCUGUAUCGCAGCACAUGGCCAAUGGAGAAGAUGUUGGAUGCGAGCUGCGGCUUGAGAGACUUGUAUAUGUCGAGACAGUCCUGCAGAGACGGCGCAAGCGGCUUCUCGCACAUGAUGUGAAUGCCCAGCGGAGCCAGGCCGACAACGACCUCCCGGUGCAUCUGGUCUUGGACACAGACAAAAGCGCCGUCGACGCCCUUGGGGACGUCCUUUUCGCCAUUGGCUACUCUCUGGCGCCGCUCCUGCUCAUACUCGACAAAGUCUCGCCAGUCUGAGAACAUCUGGCCUUGGCCGGGGCCGUUGCUGCCCCAGAUGUGCUGCUUGCCGAGCGUCUCUCGUCGAUACUUGUCCGGAUCUGCCACGGCGGCCACUACGCCGUUGCUGGCGAUGUCAAUGCCUCUCGCAUAGCCAAUUCCUCGAGCACCGGCGCCAAUGAUGAUGAAGCGGGGAGGAUCGUCUGACAUUUCGGGCCGUGGGAGAGGCUUCACAUGGGCAUCGCCGGCGGCGUCAUUGGAGACCUUGAGCGAGGCCAUGAUGGCGAUGUAGUGGAGAGACGUUUGUCAAAGCGAGCACUAUGAGAGAGAAUGGCCCC